AGAGUUAUGUUUCGAAUGCCCUGGCUCUCACGUUAAUUUAUUUUUAAUGUUUGAAAAUAUAAAACUGAUUCCACGGUUCUUUGACUGCGCCAACACGACGCCGUUUUCAGGAAGAGACACGGAGACAAUCUCAAUUUUUGUUUUUUUGAAAACGAGACAAAUCACAGAUUCAUCGACGGGGAAAAAAAUGAUCCAGUGCAAAUUCUUGUUUAUAUCCCUUUGGGAAGCAUAAUACCCAGAAAAGGAAAUGGCGGUUCGCUGAUCGUUGUAUUUGGCAACAGUUGUUUUCUUCUUCAGCGGUGUUUCUUUUACUCUCCAUCUUCCGUCAUAACUCGUCAAGUUCCGAAUCGGUUUCGAACGUUUUCUGAGUUGGGUAUUUUAUCUUUCGGCGAAAAGUAGGGAUCCUUCGAUUUCUUGCUCCUCUCUCUCUUCUGGGUUUGACCGAUUUCGAUCAAGUGACGAGAUUGUUACGACUGCAAUGGAGUCCUCGCUGAUCCAUCACGUGGUGAUUGUGUUGCUUUUCCUCUGGCUUCUCUCCUCCCUGAAUCGAUCCCAUGCCGUUUUCUAUUUCCUCGCUCUGAUUUAUCUCUACCUGGUUCAUGAAAGGUAUGUUAUGAGAUUGAGGAGGAAAUUGCAGUUUGAAGAGAGGAAGCAAUCUAACCAGAGAAGGGUUCUAUCGGAUUCUGAAACAGUCAGAUGGUUGAAUCAUGCUAUGGAGAAGAUAUGGCCUAUAUGUAUGGAACAGAUUGCGUCUCAGAAGAUUCUUCUCCCCAUAAUACCUUGGUUCUUGGAGAAGUAUAGACCUUGGACAGCGAAAAAGGCGAUAGUGCAGCACCUCUAUUUGGGAAGAAACCCGCCUAUGUUGACCGACAUAAGGGUCCUUCGCCAGUCUACGGGUGAUGAUCACUUGGUCCUGGAACUUGGAAUGAAUUUUCUCACAGCUGAUGAUAUGAGUGCGAUACUUGCUGUGAAAUUGAGAAAAAGACUUGGAUUCGGGAUGUGGGCGAAGUUACAUUUGACAGGAAUGCACGUCGAAGGAAAGGUGUUGGUCGGAGUGAAGUUUCUCCGGAGGUGGCCUUUCUUGGGGCGUUUACGUGUUUGUUUUGCAGAGCCGCCCUAUUUCCAAAUGACCGUGAAACCGAUCUUCACUCAUGGACUUGACGUUGCAGUGCUUCCCGGGAUUGCAGGAUGGCUUGACAAACUUCUCUCUAUCGCAUUUGAGCAGACCCUUGUUGAGCCAAAUAUGCUGGUUGUUGAUAUGGAGAAAUUUGUUAGCCCUCAGUCAGAAAAUUGGUUUUUUGUCGACGAGAAAGAACCUGUGGCACAUGCCUUAGUUGAAGUCGUUGAAGCAUCCGAUAUUAAACCGUCGGAUCUGAAUGGUUUGGCAGAUCCUUAUGUGAAAGGACAGCUUGGGAAAUAUCAGUUCAAAACCAAGAUUCAGAAGAAAACACUCUCUCCCAAAUGGCAUGAAGAGUUCAAGAUACCGAUAUGUACAUGGGACUGUCAGAACAUACUUAACAUUGAAGUUGUGGACAAGGACAGAUUUGUUGAUGACACCCUCGGAGAAUGUUCAAUAAACAUUGCGGAGGUUAGAAGUGGUCAAAGACAUGAUAUGUGGUUACCUCUUAAGAACAUUAAAACCGGGAGGCUGCAUCUCGCUAUAACCGUGCUUGAGGACAAUGCAAAGUGGAAAGAUGAUUGCUUUGAUGAAGCUUCAAUCGACAAGGAAGACAUACGAAAUUCCUUUGCCUCCGAUUCUACGAAUAAAGGCUCCUUCUCGUCGGUGGUAUCUGACAAGUCCCCAAGGGUUCCAGAUAAUAUGGAGCCAAUUAACAUUGAAGGGCAAGAAGAGACUGGAAUCUGGAUUCAUCAACCGGGAAGUGAAGUCUCACAGAUUUGGGAGCCGAGGAAAGGAAAGGACAGACGCCUCGAUAAUCAGAUAAAGAGAGUUCCUAACGAUACUGGUGGAAGCACCCAUUCAACCAAGUCUGGGUCACCCAACAACGAAAGCAGCAACUCUGACGAAAAUCGGGAUUCGAAGAACCCGAUAAAGUCUGUUGGUCGGGGCUUGAAGAGAAUUGGUUUAAUGUUUAACAGGAACAGCAAAAAGGAGGAAGGUCAUAUCGGAAACGUAGAGGAGGAUUUUCAAUCUCCCCGUAUCAACCUGAAGGCAGUGAAUCAAAAGGGUAUUGGGGUAAGGUUCAUCGUUGAAGACAGCCUCUCGGGCCCCCUUUCGAGCAGGACACCGAAAGGCGGAGCUCUGAGUCCAGACGGGAGUUUGCCAGACAAUAAUCAACACAAGGGACACAUGAAAGAUGUCGCCAAGAGCUUACUGAAACAUGCUGAGAAGUCUACAAGGCACAUAAAGCAUGCCUUUUCACGUAAAGGAUCAAGGAAAUCCAGAGAUGGCGGCUUAACAGUGGUAGAGCAAGAUAUUGUCCCCGAAUCUGAGACUGAGUCUGAUUCUGAAUCUGAAUUUUCCAAUGAUGUAUCUGCAGCUGACUGCUUACAGGACCUUGGAACACCAAGAACACAAGCCGAAAAUACUAUCAGUACAGGCGAAAGUGAUCAUGUAGAGCCAUCUUCCAACCAGAAGACAGAUACAAGUGCCGUUCCAAACAUUUCAGCCAAUAGUGUAGUGAAAGAAGAGAAAAUACAAGUAGAAGACUUGAAAUCCACAGAUAUCGCUGACAGGAACAUCUCGGUUGGCGAAGAGAAAGCCGACACGCCUAAAAGCGUUGAAGAGAAUGAAAGGGAAACAUCUCAAAGUGAAAAGUGACCAUGUAUAGAUAAUCAAGCAUAGGUUGGGAUGUAAGCUAAUAUAGCUUUAUGUUUGUUACAAGAUUUUUGGAAUCCUUGUACAGAUCUUAGGACAAAGGCUUGGUCCUUCUCGUUGUUCCUGCUUCA